GAAAAUUUGUUUAUAAAAUAAUAUUUUAUAUUAAUAAGCUAUAAAUGGAUAAGUUAAAUUGCGCUUUGACGGCCGUUAAGAACCUACGCUCGAAUGUGCGACAGUGCUUUGAGCACCUGGCCGAUGGCACCGAUGGCGAGGGAGUGGAGGAAAGCCGCAACAAAUUUGUCCACGAUUUCCAGGAGAAAUUUGGUGCCAUAAAUUCCCAAUUGCGUGAAGUGGAGCAGUUGAUAAAUGGUCUGCAAGUACCACCCACGGCUUACUCACUGGGAAAUACAGCGUACCUCGCCCAGGAGACAUCUCAGGACCGGCAGGCUCUGUAUCCUCAGCUCGUCAACAGUUACAAGUGGAUCGACAAGGUGCACGAUCACAGCUUCCUGGCCUUCAACAAUCUCAACCAGAAUACACUGCGCCGGUCAUACAACUAUUGCUCCCAGAAGCGACCGCGCCUGCCGUUCUCUUCGUUCAACAAUGAUCCGGACCAUAUAGACAAACUGCUGAGUGAAAUCAACACCCCGCCGCACACCUCUUAUAGAGUCUUCCGUCCCUUUGGGUCCAAUGCAGUGGCGAUUGUCACCAUAAGCAAUGUGCUGAAGGCGGCCAUUGUCUUCAAGGGCGUACUAAUUGAGUGGGUGACGGUCAAAGGCUACGAUGAACCGCUCGAGCAGGAUGACCUGUGGGCCGAGUCCCGCUACGAGGUAUUCCGCAAAGUCCAGGAGCACGCACACUCUGCCAUGCUGCACUUUUUCUCCCCCACGCUGCCCGACCUGGCGGUGAAGAGCUACGUGACCUGGCUAAACAGUCACAUAAAACUCUUCCUCGAGCCCUGCAAGCGCUGCAGCAAGUACAUCGCCAACGGUCUGCCGCCCACUUGGCGGGAUCUGCGCACCCUCGAACCCUUCCACGAAGAAUGUCGCAACUGCUGAGGGUGUCGGAUUAAGUUUAAAAUGUAAUUUUAACUUUAUAAGCAUAACUUGUAUACUUCAUUUAUUUCAAACAAAAAAUUAUAUGUAAUUUGAAUGCA